AUGGCGAGUGGAAAGAGGUCAAUGUGGGCUUUAGGAUGUGGGAAGGAGGUAUGGAAGAUAGUGGCUGCCAAGAAGACGAAAAAGUCCCUGGAGUCCAUCAACUCCAGUCUCCAGCUGGUGAUGAAAAGUGGGAAGUACAUGCAGAGCUACAAACAGACGCUCAAGAUGAUCAGGCAGGGCAAAGCCAAGUUGGUCAUUCUUGCCAACAACUGCCCGGCUCUGAGGAAAUCUGAAAUUGAGUACUAUGCCAUGUUGGCUAAGACCGGUGUCCAGCACUACAGCGGCAAAAACAUUGAAUGGGGCACAGCAUGUGGGAAAUACUACCGCACAUGCACACUGGCUAUCAUUGAUCCAGGUGACUCUGAUAUUGUUAGAAGCAUGCCAGAACAGACUGGUGAGAAGUAG